GCGACUUCGCCUGCGCUCGCUCUUCUCGCUCGUCUUUUCAGCGUGACUCUUCCAUGGGCCAUCGCCUUUGGGAGCCCUGCCAUCAGUCAAGAUGAGCGAUGCAGCCGAAAGAACAACGCCGGCUGCGGAGCUGCAGUCUGCUGAGCGACUAGGGCACGAAAGCGAGGCGCCCUUACCAGCAACCCCAGAAUUGGAAGCACAAGGAGAGGUACAGGCCAGUGGCCCGAGCAGCGAGGAUGCAAAGGCAGGAGCCGAAGCCCCGCCGACAGAGCGACCGGUGCAGCCACCAUCAGUAGCGACAGUGGUACCACCGGUGCGAAAAAGGAAGCUGAAAGGACCCCCAAAGGGCAUCCUCAAGCCAGCACCACCUCCCCAAAAGGCCUUCUCGUUUCGGAGAGAUAUCCUGCAGCAACUCAACUCCAGGCUGGCACAGCAGGGCGUUAACGUACAGGUGCCCGUGCCGCAGAACUCAAGCUUUGGUAGUCUGGGCGGAGGCACGGCACAGGCGGCGGGAAGCCUCAUUGGGGGCAUGUUCAAGAGGAUUGGUGGUUUCGCCACGGGCGCGCUCGACGAAGUGGGAGGCGGUGGCGUUGGUGGUUCAGCAAUGACGGGGCAAAGAUCAUUCUCCAGCUCAGGAGGUCCCGUGAACUCAUCAUCAUUGGUCGAAGGGCAAAAGUUGCCUGCCCCACAGCGGGCGGCGUCGUACAGUUCGAUGGCGUCUGAUGCGACAGCUGCCUCGUCUCUAUCGACCAACAGUCUCCCGCCACCGUCAUCAUCAGCAAGACCAAUCCGUAAGGUACGCUUCACGGUCUCGAGCAUGGCUGUCACGUAUCCCAUCUCGGGGGCCAUUGCGCCGGGCGACGAAGAUGCGACGCGGAUCCGAAUCGAAAGGGAGCAUCGAGAGAGCAUGAAGAAGAGAAGGGAACAACGAUGGACUGUGGCCGAGCUUGAAAAGCUGUACAGGGAGUGUUGUCGCACCCGCGAGGAGCAUCCGUUAAAGAAGAUGCGGACCAUCUUUCAGGAAGCAUCCCAGGCAUCCCCGCCUGCGCUCCGCACGCUGGAUCUGUCCCUCGUUACGCUCGAUCGACAGGCCAUCGAACCCAUUGCCGAUCUCCUCAGCGUCGAGUUUGGCCUCAACAAGCUCGUCUUGGAAAACUGCAAUUUGACAGACGAUGGCCUCAAGUCAAUUCUCCACGCUCUCCUCGUCUCUGGAGAUCUACCGAGCCUCUCACUGGCGUCCAACAAGAAGAUCAAGUAUCAUGGCUGGCGCUACGUGGGUAUCUACAUGCGUCGGGCAAAGGCAUUGCGGUAUCUCGACCUUUCAGAGAACAGCAUCAAUAGGGCUAGCUUGGAGCACAUCCUCGGUGCGAUUGCAAAGUCACCCACAAUCUCUCCGCAGCCCACAGCCACGGCGAAGGCUCAAGAGACAGACAGGCUGGGUGCAGAGUUUAGCGAGGAGGGCGAACCGCUCACGCUUCAGGCUAAGCUCUUGCGGGAAGGGGUGGACUCGAGCACGUCGGCGGUCACCUCGCUUCGGCUGGAGAAUUGCGGUCUCAAGUCGGGCUCGCUAGAGAUGCUUUCUAGCGCCGUGAGGUUCUCUGAUCUCAAUCAUCUGAGCCUGCGAAGAAAUCGAAUCGGGCAAGUAGGCGCUGUGGCGUUAGCCGUAAUGCUCAAGGACUAUCCCGAUGCGACGAGCGAUGCCGACGAGGUUCAUGUGCCGUCGAUAUCCUCACCCGUGUCUAUGACAUCCUCGCGGCAAAACUCCCUGUCGGACAAUACAAGCAAUACGGUUCAAGGCCAAGGCCAAGGGUUACCAUACACUGUAAGAGGCGCAGCUGGUCAACAGAGGAACAAUGACGGGCUACCAAGAGGUCGGGCCGGAUCUUUGAAUCCUUCGUCACAGAGGAGCCUGUCACCUGCCCUACCGGAGGUGCCGAUUGUCGUUUCAAGCCCAGGAGGAGGCGUGACGAGUCGGAAGAUGCCUGCGUCGACAAUCGAGGCCCUUCGCGAGGCUUCGUCUUCCCAGCUUCUCGAUUCUCCUUCCAGCAAGCAGACCAAUGGCACACACACUGUGUCAUCGUCAGCAGCAGAUCUUGACCGGAACUUGACGCACGAGGAAAGGGAGGAGGCACGAGCCACAGUCAAGCCCACGCAGACCGAAGAGGAGGCUAUCGCCAUCUACCAGGCCAAGCGAGCUAAGCGAAUCCUCGCGUCAUUGCCAAAGGUCGGACACCUCCUCACCCUGGACCUGAAGAGCAACGACAUCCGAGGUGGGGUCACCUACCUGGGUCAGGCCCUCAAGAAGAAUCGAACACUAAAGGUGCUCAACCUGAGCGACAAUAGCAUCGAGAUUGCUGGUCUGGUCGCCAUUGCCGACGCCCUCAAGUACAAUUCGACCCUCGAGACACUCGACAUGAGCCACAAUCCUUGCUCAGGUCCCAGCCUGGAGGGGAUCACUACCCUGCGAAAUGCCUUUACGCUCAAUUCGAACCUUAAGCGUCUUUUCCUCAACGACACAGAUCUCAGCUCCGAGGGCGCCAUUGCUCUCGCCGAGUUCUUGCCGGAAGCAAAGAGCUUGAUCCACCUCGAUCUGACGGAGAACAUCGAGAUUGACAUUGCAGGCGUCAUGGCCCUGGCCGUGUCUGUCAAGAUGAACAAGAGCCUGCGGUGUCUCGAUCUCAACAUCCCACCGAAUGCGCCCGAUUUUGCAAGACUAUCGCAAGACAUCCUCAAUUCGUGCAUCCGCAACACGGAGAAUGCGCAACGAAAGGCGACGCAACGAGGCGUCAAGGCUCCUGUUGCAGCACCCAUCUACAAGUCCACUCUUGCACGUGCAGCAAAGGAGAAGGAUGACCGCGCAAGGGCGAUUGCAGCGGCACGGGCUGCCGAAGAACAGGCACGGGUCGAUAGCGAGCGCCAGGAUGCAAAGGGUCUCAUUGACGCUGCGACGGAAUGCAAAAAUGUCCUCGUCGAGCUGCUUGCCGGAGAAGAAGAACGGCGGAAGGCCGAGGUCGCAGAAGACAGGACUAAGGCGCUCAAGGCCGCUCCGACGCCGAGCGACUUUGUCGAGGAUCUACUGGCGCAGAGUGGGAACCUUCGUGCGAGGCUCCAAAAGUCGCUGGCCAAGAUGGAAGAGGGCAAGCUUCUCGAGGAGGCCCUGCAGCUCAACGAUGAACUCGAGAGCGUUACGAGGAAGUUUGCAGAAUUCUACAGAGGACCAGCGCCUCCUGAGCUUCAACUCGAGGGCCGUCAAGCACCCGAAGAUGAUGUUGCGCAAACAGCAGUGCCAUUGGGUCUCGGUGGUGAAGUGGAAGCGUCAGGGCAAGAUGAUCGUCUCCGAACGCCGUCAUCGCACGUCAUCGAGUCGGAGAUGUCUUCACCUACAUUCUCCAUCGGGUCCGACGACGAAGACGACGAGGACGGCGACGGUCUCGAAAAAGGCGGCUCCAAGUCUAAAAGAGCAUCGCUGAGGCUUGAUACGCAGCUAAUGGCUCCGCGAGAGGACCCCCUUCCCGAGGAAGAGGAGGCCCAGGCGAAGACAAAGGACACGCUGUCGUCGCCGGUCGAUAAGGCACGCGGUCAGCUGAGCGAAGAGGGCGAGAUCUUCCGGAGAGCAAAGAGUCUCAACAUUGACGGGGAGCAGGAUGACGAAGACGACGAAGAUGGCAAACAGGCUGCUUCCGCCCAUUCCACGAUGGAGGGCGCUGGCGAGGGUGCAAGUAGCGACGUCGAUGGCCCGAAGAUCGACGGGAGCGCUUCGCCAAAGAGCGAAAGCUCCGAGCUCAGCAGCAGCAACGGUAGCGCAAAGGCGAGGCCGCGGGCAGGAAGCUUCGGGGGAGAUGAAGUCUCUGGCGAAGAGCUGAGGAAGGAGCUACUCGAGACAGACGUCCCUCGCAAUGCGCCUCGAGUCACUUCGUCUUCUUCCCCUCCUGACACAGAGGAAACCCAGCCCGUCGCUUGAGGAGCAUAUACCCCUGCAACGAAGUCUCAGCGAUCACCGAUCCCAGCUUACUUGGGUGCUAAAUUGGCAGUAUCGAGCUACUUCGAGCGUAUCUGUCCAGCUUCUCUCAUCGUUCUCGCUCCUAUCUUCAUUUACAGUCAAUUGACAGAUGGAUUCCUAGCUCAACUUCUCAUCAUCUCUCUUGUCUGUUGCAAUCACACACACACACACACAAACACAGCAUACUCCUCAUGUUGAACCCAUUUCAAUGAUGAUUGACCCUAUUUCAAUGAUAAUUAAGCGUCUCCUACCAG